UAUCUCAAGAGAAUAUGUGCACAGUGGCGACCAACACCGACGACGUCACAACUAACAAGUUCAAAAAAGUUUGGGACGCCUAUGUCGCCGGUUACCGAGAGUUGCAGAGAAGUUCGAUUUAUGGUUCGUAAAUAAAUGUCCAAGAGAUAUUCUUGUCAUAUUGACAAGAACAAUCGAAGAAAUUAUACAAGAAUUUUACGGUCAAACGAUGGACCAGUUGAGAUGGCGGACACCGAGCAAGAUAAACGGUCGCAACAGAUCUUUGGUGAACAGCCCAAGGUUACACACGACUCCGAUUAAACAGAAUGGAAUCCGUCCCAAACGUACAACGUAUCAGAACAAUACGGGAUACUUCACCACUCUACCCAGUUAUAUGACUCCACCGUCUGCAUUGGCAAAUGUCAUCAGAAGAAAUCCGUUCGAAGCUGACUUGACCAAUAGAUUACAUCUGCCUGUGAUUAGUCCAACUAUAUUUACUAAGAUGCCAGAUUCAUUGUCUCAACAGUCACCAGAAUUUAGUUGGAGCAUAGAUGAGUUAGCACAUAUAAAUCCAGCAAAGAUAGAAGAGUCUCCUACACAGCAAGUUUGUUCUCCAGAUCCUGAAGUGGAAUUGCGGGCUCAGGCAGCUAUAGAUCGAUUUUUCAAGCAGAAGCAGAUAAUUCCUAGCCCAUGGCAAAUGAGGAAGGAGAUAAAAAGACCAUACACUGAUAUAGGCAUUCCUUCCAGAGUUACAGAUGAUAUGAAUUUUACCAAGGAAUUUCUUAAAUCGAAAAAGGAAGCCUGGACUCAAACAGUAUUGUCCUUACCUGUAAAUCUACCGCAAUAUGUUGAAGAUACUUUAAAACCUUUUUGUACAUUCACUCAGGAGCAAAAUGUGGACAAUGAGGAUGUAAAUUCAAGCAACAAUUCGCUGAGAAGAAAAUUAUUUCCUAAUUAUGAGGGCGCCGACAAUGACAAUGAAAGCAUUUCAUCUCUUUCAUCAGUUGAAAUGAAUGGAUCUAUAAUCUCAUCCUGUAGUCCUCCUCAAAGUGGGAUGUUUAUUCAUGGAACAUUGAAAGGAUCGUUAAAAAAUAGGCGGCACAGCAACAAAUCUGUAAGCUUAUCAUCGCCUUGUAUAUCGCCAAUACGUAACGAGAACGAUAUGCCAUGUAAAAAAAUUAGACGUUCACGUUCGAACACACGACUAGAUCGCACAAAAGAUAUAAGCAUAAAUACAGAGGAAAGUCGAAAUUUGCACGAUGAUGAUUUGUUAAGUAUAUCUCGCGAUACGAACAUAGAGGGCACAGAAGACGAUUAUAAAAUUACAAUUGUAAAUAAUGGUAAAACCAAUUUAUGCGAUUCUGUUAGUAUAGGAACAUUAUCGAAAUAUACAAAUCCAAUUGGCAGUACUGUACAGAUUAAUUCUGUCGAAUCAAGUGAAAAAAAUCAUGACACUAUUAGUUUUAUUACUGCGACUAGAAUGAAUAAAGAUUCCAUGCAUAAGAAUCAUAAGCAGAGUAUCACAAUCGACACAUUAGGUCCUUGGUGUACCUCAAAUUCAGUUCAGGACACUGGCUAUCAAACUUAUAGUAUGAGUAGCACAAUGCAUACAGUAGACAGUUGCAAUAUUUCACUACAAAAUCAUAAAGUUCAACCGAAAGAACACAUCGUGAACACAACGUUCAAGGAUUUUGCUUGCUCAAGUGUUCAAUUGUCUUGGAAAGAUGAUAUGCGAAAUGUAUUUAGUUCUACACCCUCUAAAUGUAAGAAUGAAAAAGAGAGCUGAUAAUAGUUGUCAAAUCUACAAACUAAACAUAAUGAAACAGUUGAACCAUAAAUUUUAAAUUAUCAUGUAGACUUGAGCAAACAAUAGUAAGCAUAGCUUUUACAUCUAUCUUUUGCAUAGAUAAUAAUUUAUACCAAGUAAAGGAAAACGUCCAGUUGACACUCUUAUGCGAAUGUUGUCGGAUAUUGUAGGGAUUUGAAAGAAAACAAAUAAGUAAAUAAUAAUUGAUAAAAAAUUAAUAAAUUCUAAUAUACCUUGUGAUAUUGGAUGGGAUCCGAAUAAGGGUACUGAAAACUAGUGAGUGUUGUAACGAGUGCCAAUUACUAGGUGUUUUUCCUCAAUAUUAUAAAAAGUCUCGAUUUAGAGUAUACCUAACAUUGCCUUUGUUAUCUUCUUGUCAAUGAUUUCUUUUCAUUUAUUUAAGGAAUAUUUAAGGAAUAGCUAAACUUCUCUCUCUAAUUGAAUUGGAUUUAAAUAGUUGGAUGUCAGUAGCACAUGUGCCUUAUUCUAAAUCUUGAAAUAGUUGACAUAUCUAUUUUAUAGAUGUUAUUCUAUCAAUACUAUUUUUUUUAAAUAUAUCUAUAUUAAGAAUAUUUAUUUUACUCUGAUUGAUAAAUUAUGUAAAAUGCGAAAAUUGGUCAGCAACAUAUCUUUCUUUAAAAUUCAGUAUAAAAUUAUAAUAUAGAUUCUCUUUUAAUAUAUAUUCUCUUCUUAUAUGAAAUAUUUUCUUAAGUAUAGUGUGCUUUGAGUGCCAUCUUCUCAUAAGAGGUCUCUUACUAUCUAUCCACUUACUAUUUAUACCUGCGACAAUAUAGUAGGAAUAUCUUGUGAAAGUAUCCUAUUAGUAUAUUUUUUACAUACUUAUUGUAUAUCUUGUUGGUGUAUUAAAUAUAUAUAUUACCAAACUUGGAAAA